AUGACUGGUUUCUGGAUUUUAAUUUUGAUCUUCAGCACCAUGUAUACAGUCCAACCUGGUAGACGCUGGGUUACUGCACAAUCCCUCACAGAGUCACCAGUUUAUCAGCCUGAUAAAGAGCUCAGUGUGGAUAUCGGAGACUCGGCUACUCUACGGUGUUGUGUUUCUGAAAAUGAAGCCAGGAUAAUUGCCUGGUUUAAGCAACCAAACAGAAAAAAACCUCAGACUGUAGUCAUGGUAUAUAAAAGUGGUGAAGAAACAUUUUACAAUGGAUUCCAAAAGUCUCAUUUCCAAAUAGAAAGAUCUUCAAACUGCUUCAAUAUGAUCAUUUUAAACAUCAUUCAGUCUGAUGAAGCCAUGUACUACUGUGCACUGAAGAAAUCCAACAUGAUGUUUGCAGAUGGAACUUAUUUAAAAAUUAAAGGUGAUCAUGUUACUAUUGCAUCAGAAACAUCUACACCAGCUCUGCAUGAUAAUUCAGUGGUGUGUGAACCAACACUGCAUGGAAACAGCACUAACAUGAACACACACGAGAAAACAGUGCUUGGUUUGGGAACGGCUUUGGGUUUGUGUGCACUUCUGAUUUUCUGUCUCAUUUAUUUCAUACUGAGGAGAAGAAAAUUGAAAGCUUGUAUAGAAGAUUCUCCAGGAAUGAAGCAGGUACGUGAAUCUGAAGCUGAAACACUGAAUUACGCAGCUGUGCAAUUUACCAAGAGGAAAGCCAAAGCUGAAAAAAAGAAAACUGGCUCAGCAGAUGAGUGUGUGUACGCCGAUGUGAAAAAAACUGUAAGAUGUAACAGAAAUAAUUCAUAACACAUGAUACUAUUACACUGCAACAACAGUGAAAAUAUUUUACCAAGUGAAAAUAUAUUGACUAGACAAAUGUAAUCCAUAUUUUUCAUUUCAAUGGUAUGACAUAUGAUGCGCUAACAAAAAAAAAACAUUCAAAACAAAACAGAAAAACCUUGAAAUAAUUUUAUAUUUGUUUACACUAAUCUCAUAAUAAUAAUUAUAUUAAAGUUGCCUGUAUUUAAGAUAUUGUUUUAUUUGCAGUGUGGAUAAACUCCUAUGCUACAGGUUUUAUUUCUGUGCACACGUGUGAAGUAACUACGGAUGUAUUAACUUCAGUAACACUGA